AUGUCCGCUGUGUCCUCCGGCGAGACGCCCGCGUACACGCAGGCCACGCCGUCCAGCAACAACGUGACUGGCACCGCGCCGCUGACCGGGGCGUCCGCCACCGACGCCGACACCGUCGGGCCCCAGCAGGAUGCCGGGAGGAGCGCCGACACCGACGCCGCAUUAGGGGCAGCCGCCGCCGCAAGCUCGGCGGCAGGGUUCGCGGCGGAGGACGCGGAGGAGCCGGUGCUGGAGCCUGAAGACGAGGAGGACGCGGAGAGGGUGCCCAAGCACAACUGCAUCGAUCCGCAGUACACGCUGCGCGGGAAGCGCAUUCCCGUGCUGAACGCGCGCAAGGGCACCAUCUGCUCGGCCGUGGAGAUGUACUCCAACUGCGGCGGCAGGCCGCCGGCCAUUCGCCCGCUGGUAGGCCCGACGGCGGUCAAAAGGAAUCCGCGGCCGAGCAGCGGCGGUUGCCGCCGCCGCCGCCGCAGCAAGGGUGGAUGCAAGGGCCUGCAAAAGAAAAAGAAGGAGCUGGAGAGAGAGCGCAAGCGGCUAGAGGAGGAGAGCGACCGGCUGGAGGAAGAGCGUCUGUGCCUGGAGGAGGAGCGGCAGUGUCUGGACGAGGAGCGAGAGCCGGCGCCGCGCGACGAACGCGACGAGCUGCAGGCGGAACGGAGCCGGAUCGAGCAGGAGCGGAAGACGGUGUCGCAGGAGUGGAGUCGGCUGCAGGAGCGCAUCUCGCAGCAGGACGUGGAGGAGCGGCGCAUCUCCAGCCAGAUGGAGGAGCUGCAGGCGCACCGUCAGGAGUCGCUGCGCCAAGACGAGCUGGAGCAGCGCCGCCUCGACGGCAUCGAGUCUCAGCUGGCCGAGGAAAGGAAAAAGAUGUUGAUGGGUGACCAGGACACCGCGGAAGACCCCGCAGCUUCCAGCGGGCAGAGGAGCGAAGGAGAGGAGGGUGAGCAGAGCGCCCCCGAGACGGACGGAGAGGAAGAUGGUGCGCGGAGCGGUGCUGAGACGGAGGGAGAUGAAGAAGGUGAACAUGGCGAAGCUGGGGCAGAUGGGGAGGAAGAGGAGGACGCUGAGGCAGAUGGCGAUGGCGAAGGUGUCAAGAGCGACGCCGAGACGGACGAAGGCGUGGAAGGUGGGGAGGGCGGCGAAGAGGAAACAGAAGGAGACGGCGAAGGUGAUCAAAGUAGCCAAGAGGAGACAGAAGUAGAAGGGGAAGGUGGUCGGAGCGACCAGGAGACGGAAGGGGAGGGUGAAAGUGCUCAGAAUGCCCCUGACAUGGAUGAGGAGGGAGGAUCACCCGCACAAACCGAUGGAGAGGAACAGCCUCCUGCUACGAGUGACGGAGAAGACCAGCCGUUAGGUGGCAGCGGCGGGGAAGAAGACACCAUCGCGCAGAGUGACAGCGAUUACAAACCCUCCGACCAGACGGACGAGGACGCCAAGUCCCUCAGCCGAAUAGACGAAGAGGGCGAAUCGGCGGCCAGGCUAGCCGAAGAGCAGCAGUCCGCGCCGGCGGAGGACGAGGACACGUCUCUGGCGCAGACCGACGCCGACGAGGACCAAUCCUCGGGCUCGCUGGCCGGUACCGGCAGCCAGACGGGGUCGCGGCCGUCGCUGGCCGACGCCGGGGCCGAAGCGGACGCGGACCUCGGCUUCGGCACGACGGCGGACGCGCAGCCGGCCGACGACGGCGGCGAUGGCGCGGCGAGUCCAGGAGAGGCGACGUCCGGCGCGGACCUGGCCGCCGCGGACGGCGGCGAAGCGGCUGGGGAGACGGAGGCCGACGCCACCGACCGGACGUCGCUGAGCUCGGGGGAGGUGACGGGGCAGACGGAGGAGGAGAUGGGAGGGGAGACAACGGAGGAGACUGCGGACGAAGUGGGAGGAGAGACGGCGAACGAGAUGGCUGGAGAGACGGCGGUGGAGGCGGGAGAUGAUACGGCAGGGGAGACCGCGGAGGAGACGGCAGAGGAGACGGCGGAGGAGACGGCUGAAGGGACAGCGGAGGAGACAACAGAGGAGACCGUUGGUAAUACUACGGGGUCAAUGGACGGGCAAAUGGGACUCGACGGGCCGCCAGCGGCGGAGCAGGAGCCAAGCGGGGUGACCGAGGAUGGCUCCGAAGAGAUGGCAGCAUCGGAGGCAGGGGGAGAAACCAACGAAGAAGUCCAAGAGACUGCUGAAGAGACUGGAGCCUCCGAGACCGAGGGCGAGGGUGGUGGCGCAGCCCAGGAGACUGCCGAGGAGACCGGUGCUUCGACGACAGAAGGGGAAGCCGACAGCACGGCCCAGAUGACCGACGAGACCGGUGUUUCGGCGACAGAAGAAGCCGACAGCACGGCCCAGAUGACCGAGGAGACCGGUGUCUCGGAGACGGAAGGAGCCGACAGCACGGCCCAGGAGACGGCCGAGGAGACCGGCGUCUCGGAGACCGAAGGAGAGGCCGACGGUACAGCCCAGGAGACGGGCGCAUCGGAGGCGGACGCAUCGGCGGAGGGAGACGCGCCGCCAGCGGCAGCGGCCUCCCAGACGGGAGGAGACGCCACUACGGAGGGUCAGGCGGCCACUGAACCCGGAACCACCAGCGCGGAGGACGAGGAGGCGACGCCAGAGCCCAACGCAAACGAAGAGGACUUCUUCUGAGCACGGCGGGCCGGCCAGCCAUGCCUCACUGGCUGGAGUUUACAUUGGUUGAUCGCACCACAUCCCGUAGACACGCUGGGGGCAGCCAACACUCGCUGGGGACAAAGCACUCACUGGGGAUAACAGGAUUCACUGGGGACAGCCAACACUCGCUGGGGACAACAGCACUCACUGGGGACAGCCAACACUCGCUGGGAAGCGUCAUGCAGGACUGACAAUACACAAACGUCGACAGGCUCU